UUCAUAUGCUGUUUAAUAAAAUGAGAGCAGAUAACAGCAGAAGCUGCAAAGGCAGUUAUACCGCCUUUGAAAUCGUGUUUUGUGAACACGAGGUUUAUCGGAACUUCUCGGCGUUCGCGCAGCACCGAGCACUCCAAAACGCGUAUCAAUUCCAUUCUGUCCACCCCUCAACUCACUCCACGAAUCUUCCACAAAAACCCUAGCGGCCACUCCGGUUCUUCCCUCGCAAUCUGUUCUUCUUCCUUCUAACUCAACCCGAUUAACAAUGAGGAAACCCUAAAAAUAGCCUGUUCCACCUGCCCAACUACAUGGACUUAUCGUUCCCUAAUUCAUCGCCGAUCAUAUCUCCUUCUCCGGCCAUGAACCAGACCAUAUCUCCUCCGCCGUCGCCGUCAACUGACCGGGACGCCGACGGCGAGAUAGUGUGGUACGGAAACAUACAGUACCUCAUCAACAUAUCCGCAAUCGGCGCUUUCUGUUGUGUCGUCAUCUUCCUCUUCGUGAAGCUCAGAAGCGACCACCGCCGGAUUCCAGGCCCCUCCGCUCUCGUUGCUAAGCUUCUCGCUGUGUGGCACGCCACCGGGCGCGAGAUCGCUCGCCACUGUGGUGCGGACGCAGCUCAAUUUUUGACCAUUGAAGGUGGGAGCUGCGCCGUUUUGAUUGGAAUUGCUAUUAUCGCGGUAUCGCUCAUCCUCCCUCUGAAUCUUUAUGCCGGUACUACUGUGAUAGAUGAUCAGUUCUCAAAAACUACGAUAAAUCACAUUGAGAAAGGUUCGCCUUUUUUGUGGGUUCACUUUCUUUUUGCAAUUGUUGUUGUGGUUUUGGUGCAUUUUGGUAUGACUACAAUUGAGGAACGGUUGAGAAUCACUAGGUUUAGGGACGGAUAUGGAAGUUUAGGUGACCAAACCACAGGCUCGACCGCAAUUUUUAGUAUAAUGGUGCAGGGAAUACCAAAAAGUUUGGGUUACGAUAAGACACCUUUGCAGGAUUAUUUUCAGCAUAAGUAUCCUGGGAAGGUGUACAGGGUCAUUGUGCCUAUGGAUUUGUGUGCAUUGGAUGGUCUAGUUGCAGAGUUGGUGAAAGUUCGGGAUGACAUUUCUUGGUUGGUGGCAAGAAUUGACUCUCGCUUUUUAAUGGAUGAAAGUGAUUAUGGUGAAAAUGGUGGGGUUUCGUCAGCGGGAUUAUGGAGCCAGGUUUGUGGUAUGUGGAGAAGAAUAAAAAUUUUUUUGCAUCAGGUUGAGAAUCGCAUUGGUUUUACUGAUGAAGAGAGAUUGAGGAGAUUGCAAGAAUUGAGAGCUGAUUUAGAGACUGAAUUGGCUGCAUACAAGGAAGGGCGGGCACCUGGUGCUGGAGUUGCAUUUGUGAUGUUUAAAGAUGUUUACACUGCUAAUAAAGCUGUUCAGGACUUUCGGAAGGAGAAGAAGAGGCGAAUUGGUAAGUUCUUCUCUGUCAUGGAGUUGCAGCUGGAGAGGAACCAAUGGAGGGUCGAACGGGCGCCACUAGCAACAGAUAUUUACUGGAGUCAUUUGGGAUCGACAAAGCUCUCCCUGAAAUUGCGUAGGGUGUGCGUAAACACAUGCCUGCUGUUGAUGCUGCUGUUCUUUAGUUCACCUCUAGCGGUGAUCAGUGCUGUGAAGAGUGCUGGGCGGAUUAUCAAUGCUGAAGCGAUGGAUAAUGCCCAACUGUGGCUGGCUUGGGUGCAAAGCUCGAGCUGGGUGGCAACCCUAAUCUUUCAGUUCCUGCCCAAUGUUAUUAUAUUUGUAAGCAUGUAUAUAAUAGUCCCAUCGGUUCUUUCUUAUCUGUCCAUGUUUGAGCGACAUCUCACACUCUCUGCCGAGCAAAGAGCUGCGCUUCUGAAGAUGGUUUGUUUCUUCCUUGUAAAUCUCAUUAUCCUGAGGGGUUUGGUUGAAUCUUCCUUAGAGAGUGCAAUCUUGCGGAUGGGACGAUGUUACUUGGAUGGAGAAGAUUGCAAGAGGAUUGAACAGUAUAUGAGUGCCUCAUUCCUGUCAAGAUCAUGCCUCUCCUCUCUUGCAUUUCUAAUCACCUGCACCUUUUUGGGAAUAUCUUAUGAUCUAUUGGCUCCAGUACCUUGGAUAAAAAAGAAGCUUCAGAAAUUUCGGAAGAAUGACAUGCUAAAUCUGGUACCUGAACAAAGUGAAGAAUACCCAUUAGAAAAUCAAGAAACAGACAGCCUUCGGAGGCCUCUGAUGACUGAAAGAUCAUUUGCAAACAAUAAUGGAACUUCACAUGGCUCUGGAUUGAAUGUAAUUGAUCUACAGGGACAAGAUCUAUCUGUGUAUCCCGUCAAUGGAACCUCACCUGUCCCCAAACAAACGUUUGAUUUUGCACAAUAUUAUGCUUUUAAUCUGACAAUAUUUGCCCUGACCAUGAUAUAUUCGUCAUUCGCUCCACUUGUUGUCCCAGUUGGUGCAGUUUAUUUUGGGUACAGGUAUGUGGUUGAUAAGUACAACUUUCUCUUUGUUUACAGAGUUCGAGGAUUCCCUGCUGGCAAUGAUGGAAGAUUGAUGGACACUGUUUUGUGUAUCAUGCGGUUCUGUGUUGAUUUAUUUCUCCUGUCAAUGCUCUUGUUCUUUUCGGUCCAAGGGGACUCCACAAAGCUGCAAGCUAUUUUCACUCUUGGGUUGCUAAUAUUGUAUAAACUGUUGCCUUCUAAUAAUGAUGGUUUUGAGCCUGCCCUGUUGGAAGGCGUACAGAAUAUUGACUGCAUUGUAGAUGGGCCCAUUGAUUAUGAGGUUCUCUCACAGCCCAAAUUUGAAUGGGAUGCAUAUCGUAUAUGAUGAAAUGUCCCUCUUUCCAUUGGCCCUUUAAAAGAAAAUCUUUUGUAUCGAUCCUGUAUGAUUAUGACACUUCAUUCUUUAUGUUCUUAAAGUAUAUAAUGUAAAAUUUUUACAGUCUGCUUUGCCAUUUGAA